GAAAGCUGUGUGAAGACAUGGAACUCCAUGCAGGAGCUGAACAGAGACAUCUACGACAUUUAUGCAGAGUAUGAAGAUGAAGAGGAUGACUGUAGUCCGUACGGCUUCCUCAAGCAGAAUGCAUCCCCCAAGAAGAACUACAUGAUCAACAUCAAUGUAGGGGGGAAACUCUACCAGAUAGCCUACAAGACGGCCGCCAAGUAUCCCAAGACCAGAAUAGGACGACUGGCCACCUACACGGACCACAACAUGAAGCUGGACCUGUGCGAUGACUACACUGUCACAAACAAUGAGUUCUUCUUUGACAGGGACCCAGAUGUCUUCCACAGCAUCUUCAACUUCUACAGGACUGGUGUGCUGUGGAUCAAGGAUGAGUUGUGUCCCCGCAACUUCCUGGAGGAGAUCAACUACUGGGGCGUGAGGAUCAAGAACACCCACCGCUGCUGCCGCAUCUCUUUCGAGGAGAGGCAGGAUGAACUGAACGAGCAGCUGAAGAUCCAGCGGGAGCUGGAGGCAGAGGUGGAGAUCGAGGAGAAUGAGGAGCUCUUUCAUGACAUGUUCAUGGGCCAGACACGCAGGGUUAUCUGGAACUUGAUGGAGAUGCCGUUUUCGUCUAUCAAGGCCAAGCUGAUGGCGGUGGUCUCCAGCCUGUUUGUCAUAGUCUCCCUGGUGGCCAUGACUCUUAACACAGUAGAGGAGAUGCAAUACACAACUCCUAAAGGUCAGCUCAGUGGUAAGACGUACUGGGAAUACGUGGAGUCCGUCUGCAUCGCCUUCUUCACCAUGGAGUACCUGCUCCGUCUGAUGUCCACUCCUGACCUCAAAUCCUUCAGCAGGAGUGUGCUCAACACCGUGGACCUGAUUGCCAUCCUGCCUCAGUAUGUGCAGGCCAUCCUGGAGUUCUUUGACAAUAAGGAAAACUACAUGAAGCAUGAGGCCGACAUGCAGGCGGUGGGGCAGGUGGGAAAGCUGGGCCAAGUGUUGCGGAUCAUGAGACUGAUGCGAAUCUUUCGUAUCUUGAAACUGGCGCGACACUCCACAGGUCUGCGGGCGUUUGGCUUCACUCUGCGUCAAUGCUACCAGCAAGUGGGCUGUCUCUUCCUUUUCAUCGCCAUGGGCAUCUUCAGCUUCUCCGCUAUGGUGUACACUGUGGAGCAUGACAUGCCACAAACAAACUUCACCAGCAUUCCUCAUGCAUGGUGGUGGGCAGCUGUCAGCAUCUCCACUGUGGGCUACGGAGACAUCUACCCAGAGACAAUACUGGGCCGUCUCUUCGCUUUCAUCUGCAUCUCUUUUGGAAUCAUCCUCAACGGUCUCCCCAUAUCCAUUCUCUUCAAUAAGUUCUCAGACUAUUACUCUAAACUCAAGUCCAAUCAGUACACAGCCUCCGUGAAGAAUCGAGGGAAGGUGAGAUUUUCCAAUAGGACAGUGGACAAGUUUAACCGCUGUUUUGGAAGCCGCCAAUAUCCCGCACAUUGA